AUGCCAGAUGACAGUUUCGAGUUGUACGACCUGCGCGUUGAGGUCGUCUGUCCCCAGGGGCACCCCGAAGGCGAAAAGAUGAUUUGCGGCGCAAAGAAGGGAGACUUCUUCACCCUCGAGGGGGAAAUGAUGUAUCUGCCCCCAGGCCAGGGAAUCAGCAUAUACAGCCUUGCUUCAGUUCUGCCUCUACUGGCCGCCAAACAACGAAUGACACAUGCGCAUGACUGGAUGAGUACCGAUGCUCUUAUUGCCUGCCCGGAUCCAAAUUGCAAAUCGCAACUCAAAAUCAUUCGUACGGGUAUUCGAAAGUUCAGUCAUGCAGAGACAACAGUUGUAGGACUGGAGGGAAACUCGUAG